AUGAAGCGAUCCUGCCGGGAUUCGAUUCGGGACCAUGAAGUGUGGUGCAACUCACUGGACCCAUCCAUCCGCAGGGAGCCACCCCAUGUGUUUGGGGAUAUCUGUGAUGUGUUCUUUGACAAAGGAUUUCUAGAUGAGGGAAGCUUCAUCCAGAAGUUGCUCCACGCUGACGGGGCAGCGUUGGCAUCACACGCUUUCUGCCACACCCACAACACUUACUGUGGUCUCUGGCCUGGACGGUCUGCUGCGGCGGCAGAUGUCGAAGUCGCGGGCCUGCCGUGCACUGACUACAGCAAAGCGGGCAGGCGUCAGCGCCACGAGGGGGUGACGAACAAGGUUUUCAUCUCCCACGCAAAGCGGCACGUCGAGCUUGGCACACCGCUGCUCAUCUUGGAGAAUGUAUGCCUUCGUACGAUGCAGAAGCUCUAUGGCAACCACUAUGACAUCUACCCUUUGUAUUGCAAACCCGAAGACUCUGGUCAUUCUGGGGCAGCACGCAAUCGCGUGUAUUUUGUUCUGGUGCACAAGACGAAUGCAGUCAUGACCUGCGACGUGCAAUACCUGUAUGACUGCGUGACGGCAGUGAUCAAAAAGCACGUGCGCACUGAGGUCUCAGACUACCUUGUCUCCUCAAACUGGGAGGUCAGCCUGGAAGCCGCGGAAUUGGCCAGGUCUCGACGACUGCGGUGGCCUACCACAGCUAAGGGUGCGUUUGGAAAGAGAUCCUGGCUUCUGUCGUUGCUUACCAAUCGGGAGAAGGACGCAAUAGCCUACGCACAGUCGCUCUACGAGCGCAAAUACCACUCCAAGGCGUCCUCAAACAAGAACCUUGUCCUUCAUCUCGGUGACAACCCACGCAAGUACCUCAUUUGGUCGGCCGCGAGCAAGAAGCUUCCCACGAGGCGUCUUGCCUCCACAAGGUUGUGGCAUUUCCAGCGCAGGCGAUGGUUGACAUCCCGUGAGGUUUUACUGUCCAUGGGAUUCCCUGCAAAUGCAGACACUGCAGCUGCCAUGGGAUGUCCUGUAGUUCCCAUCAAGGAUAUCAAGAAAUCAGCUCACCUGGCUGGCAACGCCAUGCAUUUCGGGACAGUCAGCACCGUCCUGAUCAUCGCGUUGGCCGCGUGCCAGCCACGGUAG